AUUAUAAUGAAAAUUAUAAUAAUUACACAAUUAUAACGACCUGCACAUCGUCAUAAGUAUCGUAUUGUGACACUGUAUUGGUUACACCUCUACUUAUUUAUGGGGUCCAUAACAUCAUCUAAAUAUUUAAUUAAUUUGUUGUGACAACUGAUACAUCAGAAGCACAUUCAUAGAUUUAAAUAGAUGUGUGUGUGUCUUUCUCCAGCCGCCGAUAAACAACGCAAAUGGUGAUUGUGGUGGGCAGUAAAGAUGGCAGCAGACGAACCUCAAGCUAAAAAACUCAAACUUGAAGAAAAAGAACCAAGCCAAAAUGCUCUCUUCGGAAUGGGCAAUCCUCUUCUCGAUAUCAGUGCUGUGGUUGACAAGGACUUGCUUGACAAGUAUGGAUUGAAGCCAAAUGACCAGAUCCUAGCUGAGGAAAAACACAAAGAGCUGUUUGAGGAAAUUGUAAAGAAGUUCAAAGUGGAAUACCAUGCCGGUGGCUCCACCCAGAAUUCUGUUAAAAUUGCCCAGUGGAUGAUUCAGCAGCCUCAUAAGGUUUCAACGUUUUUGGGAUGCAUUGGCACUGAUAAGUUUGGCGGGAUCCUGAAGAAGAAAGCCGAGGAAGCCCAUGUUGACGCUCAUUACUACGAGCAGAGCGAAGAGCCGACAGGAACCUGUGCAGCCUGCAUCACUGGCGACAACAGGUCAGCCUCUUUUUCGAGGUCCCUUGUUGCAAACCUUGCUGCUGCCAAUUGCUAUAAAAAGGAGAAGCAUCUGGACUUGGAAGAGAACUGGAAGUUGGUGGAAAAGGCCAAAGUCUUUUACAUUGCAGGAUUCUUCAUCACAGUUUCCCCUGAGUCCAUAUUAAAGGUGGCCAAACAUGCCUCUGAACACAACAAGGUCUUCGGCUUGAAUCUCUCUGCACCAUUUGUCAGCCAGUUCUUCAAGGAGCCCAUGAUGAAGGUCAUGCCGUACGUGGACAUCCUGUUCGGAAAUGAGACGGAGGCUGCUACUUUUGCAAGAGAGCAGGGCUUUGAGACAGAAGACAUUAAAGAAAUUGCAAAGAGGACCCAAAGCCUGCCAAAAGUGAACAAGAAGAGGCAACGGAUUGUCGUCUUCACCCAGGGGAAAGAUGGCACUGUUGUCACCAAUGGCAAUGAAGUGAUGGUGUUCCCUGUAUUAGACAUUGAUCAGAGUGAAAUUGUGGACACAAAUGGAGCUGGAGAUGCAUUUGUAGGAGGUUUUCUGUCGCAACUUGUCUAUGACCGGCCCCUUGAAGAAUGCAUUCGGGCUGGACACUAUUCAGCCAAUGUCAUCAUUAGGCGUGCAGGAUGCACUUUCCCGGAAAAGCCAGACUUUCACUAACAUCUGAAAAGGAUAGUGGGAACAAGAGACAUCCCUUAGACAAUGGGGAUUACUGCCUUUUUUUUUUUUUUUUUUUUUUUUUUUUUUUAACUGACCCAUCUCUUUCCGGUGCCUGCGUUUUGACGUCUGUACUUCUGUUCAUCUCACUGUACAGUUAUUGGAAUUUCAUUUUAAAAAAUAAAUAAAUGAAAAUGUUGUGGGCAUGUUGUAAUUUUAUAUAAGAGCCAAUUUUAUGAAAUUCUGUUUACAGUUCGUUCUUUAAAAAAAAAAAAAGUUUACUUAAUAGCUUUAUUAAGCAGAUAAGUUUAAAUAUCAUGUUUCUGUUUAGUGUUUUGUUUUAGUGUUUUGAAAAAGUGGUUUCAUGCAGUUGCAUUAAUCAAACAGGACUAUUAAAAAAUAUAACACUGUCUAGGGAAUUAAUGUCUUUUUUCACUGUGUUUUAUAGAAUUAGCUUUUCUCUUUUAAGGGGACUUUUUUAAAUACAAUCACUUCAAGACUUAAAUUGAGGUACAGAAUUAUUUCUGCAGGAUCUUGCUGUGACAUACCAAAUUGAAACUUUAAACGCACAGUUCUAAAAACAAAUUGUAUGAAUGGUAUAGAUUUUACAUCCCAAGUACAGUUUUAUAUGUGUUCAGGUAGGGACGGGGUCCACUUCAUGUGACAUGUAUUUACUGCACUAUGCCAUCUCAAACUGACAAAAUAAAAACAAUGUGAUAACCA